AUGCCGGUGUCAACGAGGUCACAGGUGAAUGUGAUUCAAGAUCAGAAUGAGGAUGAAAGGAUUAGCAUGAGGAGUGAUCAAGAAAACACCCAUUUGGGGAAUCAUCAUCAUCUGAGGAAUCCUCACCAUGGAUUGAAAGAAAAGAUGAAAGCUUUGACCCAAUUGUAUGAACAGCAGAAACAAUCGUCGAUAGCUCUCAGAAACCCUUCUCCGAAACCAGAUGGAACUCGAUAUUCAACACAUCCGAGUGUGGAUCUUUUGGCUGCUGGUGGUGGAUCUUCUAAACAAGAAUCAGAAAAUAAGAAGAAAUCAAGAAUAGUAGAGAAUCAUGUGAUGAGAGAGAAUUCGAUGCCUAUUUCUACAGUCACCAAGGCUUAUGUAUUGCCACGGCCACCACCUUCUCCGAUGGGGGCGGCGGAGGAGGAUGCCAAGGAGAAUAUAGCUGUGAUGGAAGUCGGUGGUGCUACUGCUAAUGGUGAAAAAAUAGUCGGAUUUAACUGCCCAAGAAGAGAGCCAGUGUCUACUACUGUGGCAAGAAAGCUAUCAAUGGGUAGUUCCUAUACAGCCCCUGACCCAAAAGGGAAACCUGGUGGUGGUGGUGGUGGUGCUGGUGGUGGUGGUGGUGGAGAAGUGAUUGUUAAGAAUGUGGCAGAACCUGAAGAUGUCACAGUGAAACAAGGAAAAAUUGGUAGCAGGAUUCUUGUUUUUGUAAGACUAAGACCAUUGAGCAAGAAAGAAAAGGAAGCCAGUUCAAGAUCUUGUGUCCGAAUUGUGAAUCAGAAAGAAGUUUACUUGACGGAAUUCGCGAAUGAGAACGAUUAUCUAAGGCUUAAGAGGCUUCGUGGCCGCCAUUUCACCUUCGAUGCCUCGUUCCCAGAUUCUUCGUCCCAACUAGAAGUUUAUUCCACUUCAACAUCAGAGCUUGUUGAAGCUGUUUUGCAAGGAAGGAAUGGUUCGGUUUUCUGCUAUGGUGCUACAGGUGCCGGAAAAACGUUCACAAUGCUGGGGACGGUUGAGAAUCCAGGUGUAAUGGUGUUGGCUAUAAAGGAUCUCUUCAAUAAGGUUAGGCAAAGGAGCUGGGAUGGGAAUCAUAUCGUUCAUCUGUCGUAUCUAGAGGUCUAUAACGAAACUGUUAGAGAUUUGCUUUCGCCUGGCCGGCCUCUUCUUCUUAGAGAAGAUAAACAGGGAAUUGUGGCAGCAGGACUGACUCAGUAUCGCGCUUAUACUACCGAUGAGGUCAUGGUGUUGCUUCAACAAGGAAACCGUAAUCGGACUACAGAACCAACUCGAGCCAAUGAAACAUCGUCACGUUCCCAUGCUAUUCUUCAGGUUAUGGUUGAGUAUCGAGUGAGAGAUGAAUCUAACAAUGUUACGAACCGAGUUGGAAAGUUAUCGCUGAUUGACUUAGCCGGCUCGGAGCGAGCUCUAGCCACCGAUCAAAGAACACUUAGAUCUCUCGAGGGUGCCAACAUAAACCGUUCACUACUUUCUCUUAGCAGCUGUAUUAACGCCCUCGUUGAAGGAAAAAAGCAUGUUCCUUAUAGAAACUCGAAGCUUACUCAACUGCUUAAAGACUCUCUCGGUGGCGCCUGUAAUACCGUCAUGAUCGCAAAUAUCAGCCCGAGCAAUCUUUCAUUCAGCGAAACUCAAAAUACCCUGCAUUGGGCAGAUAGAGCCAAGGAGAUUCGUACCAAGGAGGCAAACGAGGAAAUAACGCAAAUACCCAAUUCGGAAACCAAUCAGACAAAGCUACUACUCGAGUUGCAGAAAGAAAACCACGAUCUAAGAGCACAACUGGCUCGCCAACAACAGAAAUUGCUGGUGGUUCAAGCACAAUCUUUGGCAGCUGCAUCACCAACCCCUUCUACGUUAUCAUCGAUCAUGACAACCCCUCCAACUUCUUGUAGACGAAAAGAAGGAAGAACAAGACCAUCUUUCUUAGCUGGCAACUGUUUUACACCAGACACCAAGAAAAAAGUAGCCAAAGAAACCGUUAAAGAGCUUAAGCAAACCGUAAAGAUGUUAGAGGCAGCUAUGGAGAAAAUGAAGAAAGAUUUCGGUUUGCAGAUAAAGCAAAAGGAUGAGUUAAUUCGUGAAAUGUCACAAAAAGCUGCAAAUAGAGCCGUGGUGAAGCCAAGUUCAAGGCCAAAAGAGGCGGCAGCCGGUGAACUGAAGAGCCCAAGUGGCAGGUUCAUGUCUCCGGCAGCAAGAGAUAAAAAACGAAGCUUUUGGGAUAUAACAACGGCUAGUAGCCCGUCAGUUGUUACGCUAAAUGGGAGGAAGACUCGAAGCCAUGUUUCUAAAGAAUCUCCAGCAGCUCCUUCAAUGCUUCUUCAGCCCGGUUUUGCUCGUCAAAAACCCGAAUCUUUGAGGCUGUGAAGAUACGUCCAACUGGAACACGAACAUAGAGAACUUGGAGAUGCUCCAAAAAUGAUCAUUACAGCAAAUAAGGUUUUACUUUUCUUAGGUUAUGUUGGUAAAAACUGAAUUAUUAAUGUGUGGUAGGGUUUUUUUCUAUUGAAUUUAUGUAGCAUUUCUUGGUUUCUUUAUUGUUUCUUCUUUAUCCCCUCGGAUACUAUCAUUACCGCCUGGACAAUUAAGACAUCCAACCCGAGUGAAAUUUAGCAUACGAAUGGA